AUAAAAUCAAAGAUACAACGGUAUCACCGACUAAUUAAAAAUUUGAACAAUUUAAAGACUAAACCUUGUUUGGUUUGGGAGAAAUAAGAAAUGGCAAUCUAAUUACUAUUGUAGUUAUUUUAUCGGUAACAACUACCACAUUUCACACAUGCCCUCAAUAUAUAUUCCCACUACACGUCCUAGUAGACUUUUCAUUUCUCGUUACAUCACUGGUCCCAAACUUCUCAAUCUAAAACUCACUCUCUCCAUUUCAAUUUAAUACUAAUGUACUAGGUAUAAUUACACUGUCUCCAUUUAAAUUUAUUAAAGCACAACUUGAACAAAAAGGGACAAAACAAUUCAAUGUUCUAUAAAUUCGGCAACAAAACUACACAACUGUUUCAUUCAUAUAUUUCUGCAAAUAUUUCUCAUCAUCCAUGGAUCAAACACCCAACGUAGCUCUUCUACCAAGUCCAGGGAUGGGUCAUCUCAUCCCAUUUGUAGAAUUCGCUAAACAACUCGUCAACCACCACCACUUCUCCGCCACCAUCCUCAUCACCGCUGCUGGACCGCCCACAAAAGCCCAAAAAACAGUCCUCAAAACGCUUCCUGAAACCAUCAAACACAUCUUCCUUCCACCCGUGUCCUUACCUAUGGACCCCAAUAUUGGCUCCCAAAUCAUCCUCACCAUGACUCUCUCUCUUCCGUCCCUUAGAGACACUUUAGCUUCAUUAAAGACGACUACCCGGUUAGUUUCUCUCAUCGUCGAUCCAUUUGGCCUCGACAUCUUUAAUAUAGCCAAGGAAUUCGGCAUCUCACAAUACUUGUUCUUCACUUCACCAGCCAUGGCAUUGCAAUUUUGCCUGCAUUUGCCGAAGCUUGAUGGCAUGAUUACGUGCGAGUAUAGAGACCUACCUGAACCAAUAAGACUCCCCGGUUGCGUACCGGUUUAUGGUAGAGAUCUCACGGAUUCGGUUCAAGACCGAUCAAAUGACGCUUACAGGGGGUUCCUUGGAAAUGUAAAGCGGUUCGGUUCAGCUGAGGGGAUAAUUCUUAAUAGCUUCAUGGACUUGGAAGAGGGAGCUAUAAAAGCUUUGCAAGAGAAGGAGCCAGGCAAGCCGCCGGUUUAUCUGAUCGGACCGCUUAUCCAAACCGAUUCAAGUGAUGAGUCACAAGAACGGCCCGAGUGUUUGCAAUGGCUGGAUGAUCAGCCAAGUGGGUCAGUCCUUUUUGUAUCAUUCGGAAGUGGUGGGACUCUCACUCAUGACCAGCUUAAUGAGCUAGCAUUAGGUCUAGAAUUGAGCAGUGAAAGGUUUUUGUGGGUCGUGAGAAGCCCUAAUGACAAGUCUGCCAAUGCUGCAUUCUUCACUGCACAAAGCCAAAACGACCCUUUUAGCUUCUUGCCAAAAGGAUUCUUGGAGAGGACAAAAGGGCGAGGCCUGGUCGUGCCAUCGUGGGCACCACAGAUUGAGGUCUUGCGCCACCACUCGACCCGUGGAUUUCUAACCCAUUGUGGUUGCAACUCAAUUUUAGAGAGCGUCGUCCAUGGCGUGCCUCUGAUUGCUUGGCCACUCUAUGCAGAGCAAAAGAUGAAUGCAGUGAUGCUAACAGAGGGUCUAAAUGUGGCAUUGAGACCAAAAAGCGACAAAACAGGGCUGGUGAGGCGAGAAGAGAUUGCAAUGGUUGUGAAAAGUCUUAUGGAAGGAGAAGAAGGGAAUAAGGUUUGCCGGAGAAUGGAAGGCCUGAAGGAUGCUGCCGCGAAGGUCCACAGCGAAGAUGGGAAUUCUGCAAAAUCAUUAUCAGAAUUAGCAUUCAAGUGGAAAAAUCAAAAGAACAUUUGAGACCAAAUUGAUCAUUCUGAUUUCAUUUUCUUUUAUUUCUUGUUUGUCUUAAUUUUCAGUUUUCUUUGUGUUGGGUAUCCCAUAUGAUUGUAUUAUACGUUUAGGUGUAACAUUGUUGUUGGAUCAGAGUUGUACUUAAAAAUACUUGCUUGCAAAAUGCAAUAAUGUGCAGUCCAGUAGCUUCGAUGACAGCAAUCACAAGAUAUGUGUUAACAUCACAUUGUAGUGUUGAAUGAAGAAUGCUUUUGAACUC